AUGUCGUCGGACGAAGAUCCCGAUAUUGAAGUCCACCUGUUGAUUCAAAAAUUUCUUAUCGUGAGCCUGCCACCGUGUCGUUGGUUUCCCAAUGUUCCCGUAAGUAAGUCAUCAUUUGAAAUUAACGGCAUUGAUGUCAACCUGUUGAUUCAAAACACUUCUUAUCGGCCGCCCGAUUACCUAACCCUGAAUAUUCUGGACGGUCUGACGAGACAGUAG